GGCGGGAGGUCGCCUAGCCUCUGGAAAGGUCUGCCCGACGCGGCGGCCGGCACGAGCCUGAGCCCCAGCCGUCACCUGGACCGGCUGUGGGUGCUGAGGCGGAGGCGCCUGUGAGGGCAGGGCGGCCGCGGGGGCAGGAGGAUGCUCCCGGCCGCUGCCGCGGAUGCUCCCGCUGCCGCUGAGUGGAUGCGCUCUACGGAAAGCAGAUGGGUAGGAGGAGACACGUCCCGUCUCUGGCCACGUGAGCUGCAUGCGGUGACACCACGCCACGUCCCCUGGGGAUGCCACCGGCCCUGGGAUGUGGGGACGGCGGGGGCGGCCUACACAAAGGAACCAUGCAGCCAGCACGUACGCCUAUAGCUCUAAAAGGUACAGUUUGGCUGUUGGUCCUCCCAAAAAGGUUCCAAAAGUCAAGGGUGUAGAGUCUGCAGCAGUGCAAGCAUUUCUCAGACGGCAAGAAGAAGAAAAAAGAAAAAAAGCACUGGAAGAAAGAAGAAAGAAAGAAGAGCUCUUGGCUAGACGUAUUGAACUGAAGCAUGACAGAAAGGCAAGAGCUAUGGCCUCACGAACAAAGGAUAAUUUUUAUGGUUAUAAUGGCAUUCCUGUUGAAGAGAAGCCUAAAAAGAAGAGGACUUGCGAGAAUGUUGCUCGGGCCCCAGAGGCUGAGCAUGCAACAGAAGAUGAAACUGAGCACCUUGAAUACAGUCAGACUGAAUCUGAGCAUGAGCAAGAAGAAUAUGAAGAGAAACCAUCCAAAGUUGCAGUGAAACCAAAGGCACCUCACAAAAGUGUACCAGCACCUCUGAACUUCGCAGAGCUCUUAAGGCUUGCUGAAAAAAAACAGUAUGAACCCGUGGAAAUAAAAGCAGUGAAAAAGGUAGAAGAGAGACCAAGAACAGCAGAAGAAUUGAGAGAGAGGGAAUAUUUGGGACGUAAAAACAAGAGAGUAGAAAUGCAUAAGAAAAGUGAGAAGGAGAUUAAAAAUACAGGGUUAUCCAGUUCUUCAAAAAAAGUGAUUUCUCAGAAAGAAUAUGUAAAUGCAAAACUUAACAAAAGCUCAGUAGAUAAACAUUCUGCACCAAAAGGCAGUCUGUCAUCUUCUAUGAGUGGUACUGAUAAGAAAUCCAAAGCACCAGCAUUGACUGAAAAACGCUCACAGUCCUCAUCUUCCUCCAGAUGUGAUCAAAUGCAAAAAACCUCACAAAAUGGCUCCUUAAAAAGCUCUACUGGUAGCAGUCAUAGUAAGUUACCUGUCAAUGGUAUUGGAAAGUCUGGCUCAAGCUCUCAUGUGCCACCCUCAAAACCAGCAGCCAAUGGGGCUCAGAGGCUACCACCUGCUAAAGAAUCCAGCCUGAAAAAGUCUGUCCAUACAAAAUCAGACAAUGCUGCAGCCCUUCAGCAUGGAAUCAACUCCAAUGCGAAACGAUCAGGCAGCAGCUUAGGAAAAGGAGGACCUGGACAUCCAGGUGGCAGUUCAAGUGUAGGACCUGGGCGAUCAAACAGCAAUUCUGGCAUGGGACCUGGAAGGCCAGGGAGUGAUUUAAGCCCAGGACCUGGGCGACUGGGCAGCAGCUCAGGCACAGGACCUGGACGGCCGGGCAGCAGCUCAAGCCUGGGACCUGGCCGACUGGGCAGUGGCGCAGGUGUGGGACCUGGAAGGCUGGCUGGCAGCUCGGGCACAGGACUUGGGCGACCGGGCGGCAGCUCGGGCACAGGACUUGGGCGACCAGGCAUCAGCACAAACACAGGACUUGGGCGACCAGGUAGCAGCACAGGUACAGGACCUGGAAGGCCAGGAGUCAGCCAAAGCACUGGACCUGGGCAACCAGGCAGCAGCUUGGGAACAGGACCUGGAAGGCCAGGCAUCGGCCCAAGUGUAGGAGCCAAGCGACCAGGCAGCAGCUUGGGAACAGGACCUGGAAGGCCAGGAAUUGGCCCAAGUGUGGGAGCCAAGCGACCAGGCGGCAGCUUGGGAACAGGACCUGGAAGGCCAGGCAUCGGCCCAAGCGUGGGAGCCAAGCGACCAGGCGGCAGCUUGGGAACGGGACCAGGCAGGCCAGGAAUUGGCCCAAGCACAGGAGCCGGGCGACCAGGCAGCAGCCUGGGCACAGCUGUAAAACCGAAGUGUACUGUUGUAUCGGAAACUAUUUCUUCUAAAAACCUAGUCACGAGACCUAGCAAUGGACAGAUGAAUGGAAUGAGAUCUUUUCAAGGGCAUAGACCUGUGUUUCAUCCACAAGGUCUUGGAAGACCACCUAUUAGUUACAAGAGACAAAUAGAAGAUGAUGAUGAUGAUGAAUAUGACUCUGAAAUGGAUGACUUCAUUGAAGAUGAAGGGGAACCCCAAGAAGAAAUAUCAAAACAUAUUCGGGAAAUAUUUGGCUAUGACCGGAAAAGAUACAAAGAUGAAAGUGAUUAUGCCUUACGUUAUAUGGAGAGCAGCUGGAGAGAGCAACAGAAAGAAGAAGCUAGGAGCUUGAGACUCGGUGUUCAGGAGGACUUAGAAGAAUUGAGACGGGAAGAAGAAGAAUUAAAACGCAAGAGACAGUCUAAGAAGCUGAGGACACGUUAACUGACUUACGGCGUUGACUUUGUAUUUCUGCUACCCUCUGCCUCCAUACAUCUCUUAUUCUACUUCAGUUUCCAUUUGCUUGUUAGAGGACAAAAGAAUAUUUAAAGGGAUUAAAGUACUGAAAAGCAAGUCUUUAGUUUGACCUAAAUAAGAUAUUUAUUUUUAAUACUUGCCAGGGUUGGUUUUUUAUGAAGAAAUUAAUGCACUAAUGCAUAUUAAGUGGAAUAAAAUUAAUAGAUGUUUCCAUUAAUUAAACCAGUUCAAGAUGCCAGCAGAAAUAUUGACUAGCUAUGCACUGACUCGGAACUGUGUGGCCCCCUAUACUGGUAAACCAAUUCUGCUUUCACUUGAAAGAAAGGAAUAGCAUUCUUGUUCCCUGAUGUUUCUUGAGACUUAGAUAAAUUGCUUUAUAUCCUACUCCGCCUCCCAACUUGAGCCUCAAAGUAUUGAAGUGUCAUCUUCUGUUCAGAAGCAGCUUGGGUGUAAAUUCAGCCAUUGCCACAGAUGUUCAAAGCAAUAAAGUGCUGCAUAUUUUCUGAUUUGAGGGCCCAUAAAAAUAAUUCGAACCUCUAUUUCUAAACAGAAAAGUGCAUGUCAUUUGCAAAUUUUACAGCUAUAGAUACAGCAAAAAGAUUAUGUUGGCUUUUGCUGUGUCUGGAAUUCCAGUGCCAGUGUAAUUCAGUAUGAUACACGCCCUGAAAAUAGGAAUUUCUAGUGUAUGUCUAACCUAGUGCUUUUGGGCUCAAGCGUAUGCUUGGGAAUUCUUUUCCUGCCCUGUAAAUCCUCACAUUUGUUUAACAGCUUCUGCUGCUUUUACAAAUUGUGUAUGGUACACAUGUUCUUUCUUGCAUUAAACAUCCGAUGUGUUAAAUGAUUUAAAAUGUGAAGCAGUCAUUUAUCUAAUUAGGCUUACUAUUUAGAAAGCACAUCAGAAUUAAGUUUUGUUAAAAAGUAUUUGCAGCGCUUCAAUAUUAACAACUUCAUGUUAACUAGUUAAUACUUGUAAUUAAUUUCAUCAAACCAAAAAUCUAAACUGUUACGAAUAGCAGGAGAGUUAGUUCAGUUACCUAACUGCCCAUAUUUGCACAUUAUUUCUAACUAUGCACUUAAAAGACUGUUUCUUUCAGUAACUGAAUUUGUUUACAGUCAGUACAGGGUUCAUGUAAGUCUACAGGAGUUGUACUGAGUCUGAAGCUCAAAGCUGGUGCUGCAUCUACUUUAUUUCCCCGGGUUGCCCUUCAAAGCUCACCAGUAUCACUACUCAGCUUUGCCUCAUGCUCCAGGACUCCACUGAUAGUACCUCUGGCUUCAGCUGCUGAGGCUGAUGUGUUUUAAUGCUAGAAGUACUUGGAAAAGUACAAAAAGGGCUUCGUGUGUUUGGGGAAGGAGGGAAGUAAAGGAAUAAAGGAGAAAUUACCUUGUAGAAAAAACAACAAAGGAACCUUUCCUAUCAGGGGGCUAUUCCUAACAAUGCUGCUUCUAGGAAGCAGUUCAGAUAGCAACUUGUAAGAAACAAUCUUGGAAGCUGCUGAAGUUUAAACAUCUGACUCUUAAUGUAAGAAAAAACAGAUUUGCCUUUUUAAGAUGUCUUCUGUCAAUGGUGUAGCAUUUCACUGCCUCAGUAAAACAUGUGACAUGAGUAAGCUAUUGGGAUAGAUAAUUCAGUAUUAGCUGACAUGGAGCCCAGAUGAAAAUACCACCACUGCUGCUCUGUACUUUUAACUUUCCAUAUCAACUAACAAAAACCAUUUCUCAGUGUAUGCGCUUGAGACCAUGCAAGAUAGUGUAACCUCACUGCUUGUCUAGAAGUGUGUUGUAUUCACUCUGCUUCAUUGGGACCAUCUAAAAUUUUCUGUUGUAGUUCCUAGAAUUAUCCAUUCAAGACAAUGAACAUUGGGACCAUGAUCAAGUUGCUGGGGUUUUUUUACUUCAUAGUCCUUUCUAGAUGACAAAAGGCUGUAGGUCUGUCAACCCAGACAGCUAUAUCAGCUGUGAGCAACUUCCUGCCUGGCUGGGAAAAAAGUCCCUUAUGAAGCAAAAGAAAUAUAUUCAAAAUUGGUUCAUCUGGGAAUUUAAUCUGCAUUUCACAUAAAUAUAGGUUAAAUAAAACUUGAUUAUUUCACCACUUUCUGAUUACUUAACCAUGCAAGAUCAGUUAAAUUUCUUAAUCUGUAAAGCACUUUGUCAUUUGUCUUUUAGCUGAUGACUGGAAUGUACUCUGCUAGCCUCCCUAAGACACUGUAGAACGGUUUCUUCACACAGUGAUCACUGCUUAAAUUUUGUCUUUCGUAUGCAAAAUUAGUCAAGGACACAUUUGUAAUUUUACAGUCAAGAAGUACUUUCUCAUAAUUGGCAUGGGAUGCUAAUGGUUUUCAAAUUUUAUAUGAAUGUUUAGGUUUCAAUGUGUUUGCAUUUGCUGCAUGUUUGUAAAUCGGCUAGGAAGGAACUAAAUUUGUGUUUCCAGUUCCUGACCUUGUAUCCAUAAAACAUGUUUACUAUUUGCCAGAUAAUAGUAUUAAUCUAAGGAGAGUACUUCAGUACUUGUCCAAAGUGCAUCUGAAUUUGAGGUUAAGAAAAAAAAUGGAAAAAUGCUUAUAUCGGUUUCUGAGGAGCUGAUGUUAAGAUAAUGAUUUAAUUGUAUUUAAUGAAAUUCUGGUUUGUUUUUUAGAUUUUUAAUUCACUGUUUGAUAAUGUGCCUUUUUUAGUAAAUUGUGUCAAAAAAUAAUGAAUGUAGGAGUAUAAAAAGGUUGGUCGGUUUCUGCUAUCUCAGAUUCUAUAUCCUUAAACUUGAUAGUGUGAAAUGACAUACUUUUCAUAAAACCCUUCCAGGUCUGGCUUUGAUUGCACAAUUACAGUAGCUACUUCUUUACUGCUAAUGCUAAAUCAAAUGAAGGGCACUUUCUAUUGAUGACUACUUUUUGAAAAGGUCUUGUAUUUACACUUGAGCUGUAUUUCACUUUACAGCGAUGUCUUUUGGAGGCCAGGGUUUUGCAUAUCACAGCAAGCCUUAGUGUGCAACUCUGUGCUGUGCUUUAAAAUAAAAUUCUUUCAAGAAGUAUAUGAGAUCUCUAUGGAAAUCUGGAUUUAUUUUUAUGUAAAGUCCAAAAUAUUGUCCAGGAAAACUAAUUUUCUAUUUUUUUUGCAUUUUGUAACAUAAUCUAGUAGCUGAUGCAUAUUUCUAGAUAUAGCAUAUUUCUGGAGACCAAAACAUGUCAUAAAAUAAAUAUAUGGAGAGACUGGUGUUUAAAUUGUGAUGAAUGUACUUCUAUUUAUUUUGGUGAGUGGGUGUGAUGCAAUAUUAAAGUGUUAGUGUGUAAAUAAGUGAUUCUAGUUCUAGCCAAUGAUUUUUUUUCUUUGGGGAUAUCAUUUGUGCACAAUGUCUUUUUACACAAUGUGACAAAUCAGGUUAACUCAUACAUAGCUUAACUGUUUUCUGGUGCUGUCAAGAAAGUGUACACUUCUGCACACACCAAAUGCAUUUAAGUUUUGCAGAGUGCGUAUCCAAUAAAUUACAGGCGUUAAACAUUCUA